AUGCUCAGGUUAUACGAGGGAAUGAUCUUUGUUCCAUACAGCCCUCCAGAAUGCACUUUUGUCCAAAUAAUACAUCGCAAAACAAUUAGGAUUCUCCCUGGAGAAAAGUAUAACAUUCCUGUGUGUCUUAAUUGCCGGCCAGUGUUCGAUAAUAUUUAUGUCCAUACAGGAGAAUCAAGCCUUAUGACUGUGAAUUACAUACAGACCUACACAUCUGAGGAGGGGAGAGGGAUACUAUCAUACAGAGAAUUCCAGGACAUCAAGGUCACAAGGCAAAAGAUAUUGAGGUCGGAGAUAUAUGAAGUAUAUCCUCCGUUCUCCAUCAGAGAGUAUUUCGAUGGAACAUUUCUAUUCCUCAAACUAGAGGAAUUGUUUGAAGAAGGUGCGAUUAAGAAGUACGAGGUUUACAGCGAGAGGAACGAGCGUCUGAAGGGAAAUGGGUCUAUCUACAAAAUAUAUCCAGAUAGAAGGUAUGAUCAGGAGUAUGUUAUUCUCGGAGAAGAGUUUGUAUUUAGAUUUCAGUCUAGAUGUGUCUUUGCAUGUCCAUUUUAUUUCAACUUCUGGGCAGCUGAAGAGACCGUGUACUUCGUUGCAAAGGCAAGGAACAGAGUUUUGGAGGUGGAAUGCCCAGGACUAGCAUCAUCCGACACUUCAAAAGGUAUGAUAUCCCUUCCAUUGGAUCAGUUUAAUAAGCAGGGCAGGUUUCUAUACAUUGGAGACUAUAGUCUUAGAUUCUCUCCCGAGUUUUACAAUCAUUGUGACAGCCAGUAG